ACUGGGAACACUGUGGGUCAGGGUGGAAGUGGUGUAACUGGGAACACUGGAGGCCAGAGUGGAAGUGGUGUAACUGGGAACAAUGUGGGCCAGAGUGGAAGUGGUGCAACUGGGAACACUGUGGGCCAGAGUGGAAGUGGUGUAACUGGGAACACUGGAGGCCAGAGUGGAAGUGGUGUAACUGGGAACACUGGGAGCCAGAGUGGAAGUGGUGUAACUGGGAACAGUUGGGGCCAGAGUGGAAGUGGUGUAACUGGGAACACUGGGGGCCAGAGUGGAAGUGGUGUAACUGGGAACACUGGGGGUCAGGGUGGAAGUGGUGUAACUGGGAACAGUGUGGGCCAGAGUGGAAGUGGUGUAACUGGGAACACUGUGGGCCAGGGUGGAAGUGGUGUAACUGGGAACACUGGGGGCCAGGGUGGAAGUGGAGUAACUGGGAACACUUGGGGCCAGAGUGGAAGUGGUGUAACUGGGAACACUGUGGGCCAAAGUGGAAGUGGUGUAACUGGGAACACUGUGGGUCAGGGUGGAAGUGGUGUAACUGGGAACACUGGAGGCCAGAGUGGAAGUGGUGUAACUGGGAACAAUGUGGGCCAGAGUGGAAGUGGUGUAACUGGGAACACUGUGGGCCAGAGUGGAAGUGGUGUAACUGGGAACACUGGAGGCCAGAGUGGAAGUGGUGUAACUGGGAACAGUUGGGGCCAGAGUGGAAGUGGUGUAACUGGGAACAGUUGGGGCCAGGGUGGAAAUAUCCCACCUCGGACAACAGCUGGACAUGGUGGUACUGGGACCAAAGGUGGAAGCAGUGUACCUUGGACUUCAUCUGGUCUUGAUGGCAUGGGUGGAAACAAAACAGAUGGAUCCUGCAAGCUAGUAGAUCGAGCAUAUGCUGAAAGAGCAGUUAAAUACGGCACGGUGAUCUGCACCUGCAUUCACCCUGUAACUGGAGAAACUAAGACUACCACGCUCAUCAGACCAAGGAUUUCCAACCAGCGGCUUCUGACGGCAGGUGCGCUUGGUUUUGGUGGAGGAAUAACCACCAUGGCACUUGCUGCUCUCAUUUGGAUUAUCGUCAGUAAACUGCAAAGAAUGAAACCUGCACCAAAGAGAAGACUACCCAUUUCUAGACCCAGAGUUCACCCUGCCAGAUAAUCCAAGUUGAUCUAUACACAUGAACUAUGUAAACGCUGUAGUGUAUUCAGACUGGUGUUCUUUUGAAGUUUACAUACACUUUUAAAAUUUUAUUUCAUGAUUUUCUUGCAUAUUUAUAUUGUAUAAAUGUAUUGAAAAAUAAAGUGUA